AUGAGUGGACGUGGUGCAGAGGACGAUAGUGCCGGAAUCGAUAGCGAAGAAAUCAAGCCAGUCUCACCAGCCGACAUGGAAGAUAACGCAAGUGAGAAAGACUCUGGCGAGAAGAAAGAUACUACUGCCAACGAUGCUGCCGCCGACCCGAAUCUUGUGGACUGGGACGGUCCCAAGGAUCCUGCAAAUCCACGCAACUGGUCCAAGAAGCGCAAGAUGCUCAACACUUCCCUGGUCAGCCUUUCAGUACUAUACUCGAAUAUCGCAACAACCAUGUACGCCCCAGGUGCUUCAGAAUUAGCUUCGGAAUUCGGGAUCACCAACAACGUCGUCUCGACAUUGAGCAUCACGAUCCCCUCGUUGGGGGCCUCAAUGGGCCCGCUGCUGCUCGCCCCGCUAUCAGAGGUUGCCGGACGUGUGCCUAUAUAUUGGGCCAGCGCUUGGCUCUAUAUAGGAUGUACCAUCGGCUGCGCGCGCAGCACAAAUGCAGCCAUGUUCCUCGUGUUUCGAUUCUUCGGUGGUGCCUGUACGGCGUCUUUCAUGACGUGCGGUGGCGGCACCAUCACUGAUCUGCUGCCCAAGGAGGAGCGUGGAGCCGCAACGGCCCUCUUCACUGCUGGACCCCUUCUCGGGCCUGUUAUUGGUCCCAUCAUUGGUGGCUUCGUGACGCAAGCCUGGGGUUGGCGCUGGACAUUCUACUUGGUCCUCAUUCUGGCUGGUGUCGUCACAGCAAUCGCCAUGGCGACAAUGCGCGAAACCAAUGCCACCAUUAUCCUCGCCAGCAAAGCCGCCCGUCUGCGCAAGGAAACUGGCAACCUUCACCUCCGCCCCGCGCGUAGCCCGCAGGUCUCGCUACGCCCGCGCCAAUUCGCUGAGCGCGCACUCCUGCGGCCCUUGCGGAUGCUCCUCUUCUCACCCAUCGUGCUGCUCAUCGGGAUAUACAUGGCGCUGGUCUUCGGUAUGACCUAUCUCCUCUUCGCCACCUUUCCCUCCGUCUUCGAGAAGACUUACCACUGGAGGGUUGGCGUGACGGGGUUGGCGUACAUGGGUCUCGGCGUUGGUUGCGUCCUGGGCCUGACCACCUUCUCCCUGUUGAGCGACAGACUCCUAGGCAAGGACGGCGUGCCGGAGCGUCGCUUGAUCCUGAUGAUGGGGGUGGGCCCUUGUGUGCCGAUUGGCAUCUUCUGGUACGGCUGGGCGGCGGACCGUGGGGUGCAUUGGAUCGUGCCCAUCAUUGGAACGGUAUUCAUUGGAAUGGGAGCAUUGGUCGUUUCGUCUUCGGCGCAGCUUUAUAUGAUGGAUAUGUUCGGCCCCCAAGGUGCCGCAUCUGCGCUGGCAGCUCUUACGCUGGUGCGUAAUGCUUCGGGAGCCUUCCUUCCAUUGGCUGCAGAACCGCUGUAUAAGAGGCUUGGCUUGGGGUGGGGAAAUAGUGUCUUAGGCUUUAUCACGCUUGCGUUUACGCCGGUAUCGAUUCUCUUCUAUAAAUAUGGCGGGUGGCUGCGGGAGAGGUUUCCUUUGAAGCUUUAG